UAAAUAAGAUUUAUAAUCAAAGGAACAUUAGAGACCUCUGUGAUUACUGUGAAAAUUAAAUAUCGACUAUGUUUUUAACACGAAGUGAAAUGUGCAUCUGUUAAUUGAAGAUAUUAAACAUUUUCAAUAUGAAUACCAAUGUUAUAAUAAAAGGUCAUAAAAAGCGCAAUCAGAAAUUUGAUAUAUUUCCAAAAAAAAGAAAAAUAAAUUCAUAUGAUCCUACGGAAGAAGCUAGGUUGGAAAAGAUAGUUUUUGGAGAUGCAAGUGAUGUCAUAAAUAAUUUACCAGAUGAAAAUUAUAUUGAAGAAACAAAUGGAAACACGAUUGCACACCCAUAUAAUGCAGAUAAUGUAGAAGCUAAUGAAAAUAUAUCUUCUAAGAGUUCUGAUGAAGAUUCAGAUGAACAGACAGAGAAAAAAAAAGUAGUCUGGGUAGAUGAUGAUGAUGCGCAUUAUACCGUAGAAGCGGCAUUAAAUAUUCAAAAUCGCAAGUUACCCAGCAAAAGGCCAGAGAAGUUUUAUACAGAAUUUUUAGAGAAUAAAUACAAACAUUUUGUAGGUACUCCAAAAUGGGCAGAAAUUGAUAGAGUUCAAGAAAAUUUUGAUGAUACGGAUUAUGAAAUCCUGAAGCAUAGUUCUCAUUUAGAAACGCCACGAAUGAAGAGAUUGCCAAAGGGAACUAUCGAUAUUAAAGCCUUGAAAUCAAUAAAUCAGCAGACAUUUAACGAAGGCCCUGUAAUAUCAAGUUUGGAAUUCCAUCCAACCUCUACAUUAGCUCUUGUUGCUGGUUCAUCCGGUAUUUUAUCUCUUUUUCAGAUUGAUGGUAUAGAGAACAACAAAUUAUAUAGUAUGCAAUAUAAGAAGUUUCCAAUUAGUAAAGCAAAAUUUCUUAAAGAAGGAACAGAAGUUCUAUCAGGAUCUCAAUUUUACUCAUAUUGCCAUUCUUAUAAUUUGAUUAGUGGAAAAACUUAUAAGAUACCAUUACCACAUGGUAUUACUAAUAUGAAGAAAUAUGAAGUAUCACCUGAUGGUCGAUUGAUAGCACUGUGUGGAAGAGCAGGUGAAAUUUAUCUAUUAACAAGUUCUUCCAAAGAACUUAUUGGUACUCUAAAUAUGAAUACAAAAUGUCGAACAGUUUCAUUUACUCCUGACAAUAAAACACUCAUAACACACGGAGAUGACAAUGAAAUGUAUAUUUGGGACAUAAAAAGUCGAACAUGUAUACAUCGUGCAGUGGAUGAUGGAUGCUUGUCUUGUUCAGUUACUGCAAUAUCUCCGAACGGUCAAUUUUUAGCUACUGGUAGUAGGGAAGGAGUAGUUAAUUUGUAUGACAUAAAUACAGUACUAAAAGAAAAAAUUCCAGCACCACUUAAAACGAUUUUCAAUCUUGUUACUUCUAUUACUGGAUUGAAAUUUAAUCCUACAUCAGAGAUAUUAGCCAUGGCUUCCGAUAAAAAGGCAAAUGCUUUUAAAAUGUUACAUUUGCCAUCGUUUAACGUAUUUUCAAAUUUUCCCACAUUUCAAACAACAAUGUCAAUGCCCUCUGCUAUUGAUUUUUCUCCUAGUAGUGGUUACUUAGGUGUAUCGAAUAGAUCACAUAGAGCAUUUUUAUACAGAUUGAAACAUUAUGGAAAUUAUUAAGCGUUUCUUUUGUAAAAAUUUUCUAAAUACAUAAUCGAUAUAAAUUUUACAAAGAUAUUUAGUAAAUUAAAUUUUUAUAAACAUUCAAAUCUUAUCAUCUAUAUUUUGUAUUUGCUGAUCCUGUACAUACCAUUGCUAUAUUUUUUUUUAGCCUAAUUAUAAAUACAUUUCCAAAUAUACGGUGGGUAAAAGUAAAUUAUUAAUUUUAUAUGUACAAGAGUAUGUACAAAAUGUAAUUUAAAAUUAGAUUUCUUUAUCACUAUAUAUAAAUAAUGGUACGAAAUUUUUUAUCGUUUUUUCUGUGAAAUAUAAAAAAGUAAUGUGUAUGAACUUUGAAUAUAAAUAUGUGUAAUCAGUAAAUAUAUAUUCAAAUCAUAUGUUUAUCAAUUCUAUUUUCAGUACAUAAAACUAUAUAAAGAUAAUAAAAAAAAAUAAUAGAAUAUAGUACUUUAUUCUAUACUCUGUCUAUUCAUAAAUUUUUAAGGAAAAAAAAAAAAAUUGGAUAAUCCUAAAUACAACGUAAAGAUAGUGUUAUAGCUAUUCACAAUACGUUGUUUGUAAAAAACAGAUGUGCACAUUAAGUUCUUUUUUCAGGGGGAAAAAAAAAAACAUUGUUUAAGUUACAAAAGUUAUCUUGUUUGUAGAAAUCUCUAGAAUACUAUAAGCUGUUGUACAUGUUUACCAAUAAUCAGGAUAAAGAAAAUGAUGGGUUUAUAUCAGACUUAAAAAAAUAACUUAAUCAUUAUUGCCUCAUUAAAUCAUACUUAAAUUAUAUUCAAAA